AUGUGGCUUCAUCGUGGGUCUGUAUUGCUCUUGGCAGCGCUCGGGGCCACCGUUCACGCAUAUAGUUUUGACAGCUAUGCACCAGUCUACACCAAGUGUCCUCCUAAGGAGCAGUGGAUCAGACCGGCCGAGGGUUUGUCUGAUGAAGAACAUGAUUGGGUUCAAGGGCGCAAAGGCGUUGUCCUUGAUGCUUUCGGCGGCUACCUAGAACGACUCAACAUCAGUGGCCUCGACGUCCCUGGACUACGAAAGGCGAUGCAGAAGAACAAGAAAUCCGGCGUGCCGGUCAUUGGCAUGGCUAUCAGUGGAGGUGGCUGGGCUUCAUCGCUCACAGGCACGGGAGCUUUGAGAGCUUUCGACGCUCGCUUCUCUGAUGCAAUUGACCAACGAACAGGAGGACUGCUCCAGAGUCUCACCUAUCUUGCUGGCCUCUCGGGAGGGGCGUGGCCACCCAUGUCCCUGGCCACCUACAACUUUCCAACGGUCAACGAUAUGGUAGCCAACUGGCAUACUGAUAUUGACCGGCUGUUCAAUCAACCUAACAACAGCAUUUACGCCGCCAAUACGACGUCUUUGCUCACGGAUGUGGCUGCAAAGUUCGAGGCAGGCUUUGAUGUCAGCGUGUCGGAUUACAUGGGGCGAGGUUUUGGCUACGAAUUCCUGCCACCUCCGCAUGGAGGUCUCAACGUCACGCUCUCGAGCAUUCGCAACCUCAGCAACUUCGAGAAUUAUUCCAUGCCAAUGCCCAUUUUCCAGUCUCCCAGACUUACCGAGGAUGACAUCAGGUUUUUUGGCUACAAGGUCCCCUAUGCCAAUGCCAGUCUGUUUGAGAUGACUCCAUUUGAAUUUGGUACCUGGAUAGGGUCUGCUGGGUCCGCAACGGGGUUCGCGCCCACGGAAUACUUGGGAACUCAACUCCAAGAUGGAAAACUGCGCAAUGGCUCCUCUUGCGUGGUUGGAUAUGAUAGCGCAAGCUACAUCCUGGGACUUGCGGCAUCCGCCGUCAAUUUCUGGUAUAUCGAGGCCUUGUCCAACGGAACACUGGCACAGUUUUCCAAGAGAUCGAACGCGGCAGAGCACAGCCUUGGAAAACGUGCCGACUUCCCUGCAGCGACGGUCACCGCCAUGCUUGACGCAUUCCAGGAAUACUUCAACCUUACCAAGCAACAGUCGAUUUCUCCAAUCCUACCGAAUCCCUUUGCGGGCCUGCCAGGAACCAAUGGGCCCGAGCCUGCGACACUCAGCCUGGCUGAUGGAUCAGAGGCCGGCCAGGCCGUUCCCUUCUGGCCAAUGCUCCAGCCUGUCCGGAAUGUCGACUUCAUAAUUUCGUGGGACAAUGACGAGGAUGCGAAUCCAUACGGCUGGAACAAUGGAACCAACAUCUACAACACCUAUAUACAGGCCCGUCGCCACGGCCUGCCGUUCCCCGAGAUUCCUCCUCCUGCAACCUUCAUCAAGCGCAAUUACACUCAGAAGCCCGUCUUCUUUGGCUGCAACCCUCGGUAUACCACAACGAGAGACCUUGACAGUCCAAUCGUCCUCGAGAUGAUGAACGCUCCGUACAGCGGCUACACCAACUAUACAUGGUUCAAGACGACUUUCACUCCAGUCCAGAUGCAUGAAAUCUUGGUCAACAGCUGGGACUUGGUCACGCAAGGGAACGGCACCCUUGAGUCAGACUGGGCUCAAUGCAUAGGCUGUGCGGCGGUGGACAGGACCUUGAGCAAGUUGAACGUCGCGCGGCCUGCCCAGUGUGAGAGAUGCCUGCAGAAGUAUUGCUGGGAUGGCACGUACGAAGACGAAGCUAACGUCCCUGUCGUUGAUCCGUCUCUGGCUCUGCACCCCGACAGGCUCGCCAUCCUCCUCGAAGGCGCCUUUGGCGGCUCGUACUUUUCGCCAUGCUACCCUCGCACGCUCGGCCUGACGCUCGAGGACGACUACGCGCACACGCUCCCGCGGUCGUGGCUGGCCCAACUCACCCCGCCGGCCAAGUACCUUGCCAACAGCAGCGGCGGCCGCGGCCGCUACGACGCCGCCCUCGACAAGUAUGGCGUGUCGUGCGGCCAGACGCUCACCUAA